UCCCCUCCUCGUUUUCUCUCUCUAGGGUUUUUGCGGCACCGAAUCCCAGCUCCGGCGAGUGGCGGCGGGCGACUGCGAGAAGGGAAAAAUGGGAGAGGUGAUGGCGGUGAUGGAGGUGCUGCAGUCGGUAAGCGAUCUCCCCGUGCAGGACCCUCCCGGGGAGGAGUUCUCGGCCGCCGACCUCCGGUGGGUCAAGUACGCGAGCUCCGAGCACCACUGCGACGACGUCGCGCUCAUCCCCUACGACCGGAUGGAGGCCUUCAUCAGCGGCGAGUGCAACAACCCCGAGUACCCCACCAGGUUCCACAUCGAGCGCGGCCGCAAGCGCGAAAGGGGCUCCCUCAAGGAGUUCAGGAGCGACGAGUACCUCCUCUACAGAAUGUAUUGGUGUUCGUUUGGCCCUGAAAAUUACGGGGAGGGAGGGACGAUCUUGCCCAGCAGAAGGUACAGGCUUAACACAAGAAACCGUGCGGCUCGGCCGCAGUCGAUGCGAGGCUGCACCUGCCAUUUCGCAAUCAAGCGGUUAUAUGCCCGCCCUUCGCUGGCUCUCAUUAUCUACCAUGAGAGGCGCCAUGUCAACAAGUCUGGUUUUGUAUGCCAUGGACCCCUGGACCGGGACGCCAUUGGGCCUGGUGCCAGGAGGGUGCCGUAUGUUGGGAGCGAGAUUCAGCAGCAGACCAUGUCGUUGAUCUAUCUUGGCGUCCCCGAGGAGAACAUCCUGCAGACACAUAUAGAAGGGAUACAACGCUACUGUGGCUCCGAUGCAAAGGUCGAUAGCCUCGCUUCGCAGUAUGUCCACAAGCUUGGGAUGAUCAUCAAGAGGUCCACGCAUGAGCUGGAUUUAGAUGACCAAGCUAGCAUCAGGAUGUGGGUCGAUAGGAACAAGAAGUCUGUGUUUUUCCACCAGGACUCGACCGAGACAGAUGCCUUUGUACUAGGGAUCCAGACAGAGUGGCAACUGCAGCAGAUGAUCCGCUUUGGUCACCAGAAUAUUUUGGCAUCUCAUUCCUCAUUUGGUGUAAGCAAGCUGAAGUACCCCUUGCACACAAUUCUUGUAUUCGAUUCAAGACAACAGGCUCUACCUGUUGCAUGGGUUAUAACCCGAUCUGUUACCAAGCAUGACACUUCGAGAUGGAUGAAAGCACUUACUAGUAGAAUACAUUCUGUUGAUUCCAACUGGAGGAUUGGUGGAUUUAUUAUUGACGAUCCAACCUCAGAGCUGGACCCAAUCAGGAAUGUAUUUUCCUGCCCGAUUUUGUUUUCUUUAUGGCACAUAAGGAGAACUUGGCUUAAAAAUAUAAUCAAGAAAUGCAGCAACACUGAGGUGCAACGAGAAGUAUUUACACAACUAGGAAAAUUCAUGUACAGUAUCUGGAGUGAUGCAAAUCCCAUGGAUGCCCUUGGGCAAUUGUUUCAAGACUUUGUUGACCAAACCACCUUCAUACAGUAUUUCAAGUCAUUUUGGGUUCCCAAAUUGGAGAUGUGGAUUGAUACCAUCAGAAAUUUGCCGCUAGCAAGUCAGGAAUCCUGUGCUGCUAUUGAGGGUUACCAUCUAAAGCUCAAGCUUAAAGCAUAUGAUGAUUCACAGCUUGAUGCUCUUCAACGUGUGGAUUGGUUGGUGCACAAGCUGACAACAGAGCUGCAUUCUGGCUACUGGCUCAACCUAUAUGCAGACGAGAGCGGUUCAUUUCCUGAGGUGAAAGCAGAGUACAUUGCAUCCACUUCAUGGCAAAGGGCUCUGCACAUACCUGACGAGGCUGUUCUAUUUGAUGACAAAGAACCUGUUUCAGCUAAGGUGGCAAGCCAGAAGGAUGCUAGUCAAAUGCGAACUGUAUGGAAUGCUGGGUCUGAAUUCUCUCUGUGUAGUUGUUCGUGGUCGAUGCAGGGUAACCUAUGUAAGCACGUCAUAAAGGUUAACAUGAUGUAUGCACCACGCAAGGAUGUCCAGCCCUCACUAUCAUUUCAAUCAUUUCAGCGUGUCCUACUUGAUCUGUGGCAAAAGCCACUGGAUGAUUCAUUCUCACUCGAUCUGUCGGUAGCAUGGGUUAUGCAAAUGCAGGAGAGGAUCCAAAAAGUGGCUGAGCUUGCUGCGUCUGAUGGUAUUGCCCAAGUUGCAGGCAAAUUGCCAAUUCAAUGGGUAAACAAAAGAGGGAGAAGAACAGCUAUUAGGCGCACCAGCCCCAUGCACAUUCUUCCUCAUUCCAACGGCAGUAUGCAAAGAGAUUUGACUAUGAAGAGGAACAGAAAGAGGAGAAGGUUGUCCAACUUUUCAGGCUAACUACUGUUUGUACUGACCAUUGUUGGUCAGGGGGUUCUUUUUUUCUCACUGUAAUUAGACUAACUGCGUUUUAUUUCUUUUCUAGUUCUUCUCCAGUUACAUUUGACUGAGAAAACUCACUUAGCUACUUGUUAUCAGAUUGAUAUAGGCCUUAGAUCGUUCUCACCUUCUGGGACCAUUAUUUGGAUGGUUUCAUGGAUAUACUUUUUCGGGGAGUAAUAGUUGAGUUUAAGCAAUGUGUUAUUUGCAAA